AUUCUCACUCAUUAUUUCAUGCUACUUCAUCUCAUUCUAACAAUACACCAUCAAAACUUUUACUUGGUAUAGCUUUUUUGUGACAAAGAAGAAUUGGUGAAAGAAAGAAAAUCCAAAUAACUGUGUGAGUCACAUUACACAUGAAUGGUGAUUAUUUGUGUAUAUUGUCUUAACUUUUAGACUUUUAUUUUCUUCUAUCUCAAUUAUAAUAUAGUAUUAUUAUUUUUUUUAAAUGAUAUUUUAAUUGUGUUUUUGUUUGACGAUAAGAUAUACAAAUUUAAUUCUCAUGAUAAAGCUUAGUUUUAACUAAUUAUACUACAAUUUUGUCCCGUGUAGGUUGGACCACUUCGAUUUUCGUGGAUACACAUAGUUUGGUUGUAACCCAUAUAAAAAUUAUUUUUAAAAUUAAUUACACUUUUUAAAAACUUUUAAAUGGAGUAACGUGGAUCAUAUUCGAAUUAGCAUUGUGAAACACGUCUAAUUUAUAUAUUUAUGCAAUCACUUUAAGUGGGGCGGACCAAUGCAUCUACCCAGUUCUUGGUGUUAUAAGUUUAAAGUUAUGUAGCAAUUAGUAUUUAAGUAGAGUAGUAACCCGACAUAUAAAAAUAAAACCAAAACAAAAUAAAAUUUGAAAAGCACAAGAGUAGAAUCGAAGACAAAAGGUAUAUAAUAGCUUACCAAAAUAAGCUAUGGAAAUGGAAGAAGGUUCAGAGACAAGAGAGUUGGAAUGGAAGAAAAUAAGAACAAGAUUUAUAGUGGAACUGAAGAAAGUAGUUGUUAUAGCUGCACCAAUGGUGGCCUCAUCUAUGUUGCAAAACCUUCUACAAGUAGUAUCGGUGAUUAUGGUUGGACAUCUUAAUAAGUUGUCUCUUUCAAGUGUUUCCAUUGCUACAUCUAUCACUAAUGUCUCUGGCUUUAGUAUUUUGUCAGGGAUGGCUGGUGGAAUAGAAACUUUAUGUGGACAGGCUUAUGGAGCAGGACAAUUUGAAAAACUGGGAAUUUACACCUACACUGCAGUAAUAUCCCUUGCCAUGGUUUGUGCACCAAUCACUAUUUUAUGGAUUUUCAUUGAUAAGAUCUUAAUUUUCAUUGGCCAAGACCCUGAGAUUUCCAUUAAAGCACGUACAUAUGCUCUUUGGCUAAUACCAGGACUAUUUGGCUCAGCAAUUCUCAAACCCCUAACACGUUUUUUCCAGACCCAAAGCAUUCUUUCUCCUAUGAUUAUAAGCUCCUUAAUAGGUUUGUGCUUCCAUGGAGUAGCUUGUUGGGUCUUAGUAUUUAAAUUGGAGUUGGGAUCUGUUGGCACGGCAAUUGCCUUCAGCUUAGGAAUUUGGUUGAAUGUUGUAAUACUUUUAUACUUCGUCAAGUAUUCUUCUGCUUGUGAGAGAACAUGUGUGCCAUUUUCAAAGAAGGCUUUCCUUGGAUUUAGAGAAUUCUUUGCCCUUGCUGUUCCUUCUGCUGCUAUGGUUUGUCUUAAAUGGUGGGCAUGUGAGGUGAUUUUCUUGCUAGCUGGACUUCUUUCUAAUCCGGAGUUGGAGACAUCAGUUCUCUCUAUAUGCAUGUCCAUCUCUACACUGCACUUCACUAUAUCUUUUGGACUUGGCGCUGCUACUAGUACACGAGUUUCAAAUGAAUUAGGGGCAGGAAAUCCAAAAGCAGGCCAUUUUUCUGUUUGUACGGCUAUGAUCCUUGCAGUGAUAGAAGUUGUUAUUGUCAUCAUAAUCCUGUUUGGAUGCAGAUAUGUCUUGGGUUAUGCUUUUACCCAUGAUAAUGCGCUUGUUCAUUAUGUGGCUAUUAUGACCCCUUUUCUGUGUGCAUCAAUAUUUACAGAUAGCCUGCAAGGUGUUCUUUCAGGGGCUGCUAAAGGAAGUGGCUGGCAACGUGUUGGAGCCUAUGUGAAUCUUGUAGCAUUUUAUUUAUUAGGAAUUCCUGUAGGUGUAGUGUUGGGCUUCGUUGUACAUUUCAAAGCAAAGGGCCUUUGGAUGGGAAUAGUAUGUGGUUCCAUCGUGCAGACAAUUUUCCUUUCCAUUAUUAAUGCUCGUACAGAUUGGAAAAAACAGGCAAUAAUGGCAAGAGAGAGAGUAUUUCAUGAUGCUACUUAGGAUGGAUGUGUAAUAGAUCUCAUGAUUGAUGCUUAAAGUUAAUGGGAGCAAUUUUUAUAUUAUGCAUAUAUUGGAAAAUUCGUAAGAAAUCAACUGGAAUAUUGAUUAUUAUGAGUUGACUAGUUAAACAAAUUGUUAGUUAUAUAGCAGUUUCAAAUUCUUGUUAUGUUGGUUAUUAGUUGAAGAAAAAAUAAACUCUAUAAUCACUCAUGUAAAGUUCCAAACUAUAAAU